AAAAAUAGAACUUAAGAAACAAAGAGGAAAUUUUCCUCUGGAACCCUAGCCACCGAUUCUUAAUCCCUCUCCUCCGUGACUCCUUAGUCCUUCCUCUCUCCACUACUUCCCGUCGACGACUCCCUCGUUGCCGCUCCUGGCGACACCGCCUUCAUCCCAAUCACCUUCUCUUACCUCAUCGUCCCGCAGCGACUUGCCCUCGCCGAUCUCCGCCAGUUCAAACCUCUCUCUCUUUCAUCAGAAAAAGCAGAAGCGAGCUCUGCCUUUCCGAGCCCGACAGGCUAUUCCGCCGAUUUGAACACUUUCAGAAAGCCAGAAGAUCUACCAAACCCUCCGCCGCUGCUGCAACCUAAUCGCCCUUAAACUCUCUCCAAUGAGUCUGUCGUCUCUCUUAUUUCAACCCCAUCGCCUUUCAACUUUCUCAUUCGCUGAUUUUUGCUUCCUCUAAACCAGAUCUGAGUUGAAAUAGGGCGGUAGUUCUAUUUGGGUUCCUUGACUUGACGAUUGGAUCUCCAGGUCAUGAUGGCGGCGAUGUCAUGUUUUUAUAGACUAGAGAGAGGGCGGAGGUGGGUGGCGAAGGCGCCGACGAGGCCAUCGAGAGAGGGAGGAGGUGGGUGGCGAAGGGCACCAUCUGUCACGGCGGAGGCGAGUGGGUUUUGGCAAUUUUGGAUUUGCCCGAAGAGGAGAGUGGAAAAACCAAAAAAGUCUUUGGAAAAAAAAAUAUAAUUAACUAGUUCUAAUUUUUAUAAUUUAAUAAAUGAUGACGUGUACGAUCCUAGUCAGCACCGGAUGCUGAGUCACUAUCGGAAAAAUCAUGGACAAUCAAUUUUGACGGUAAAUUCAAAACCCGGGCCAAAUUUGUCCAAGAAUUUGAAAAGUAGGCCACAACUGUCUUAUUCAAAAAAUCGGGCCAAAACUGACACUUAUGCCAAAUUUCGGGCUAAACUAGGGUAUUAACCCAAUAAUGCAAUUAAUGAAAUGUAUCCGGCCAACAGGUCGAACCGAAAUUUAGUUUUGUAAUAUAUAUUUUUGUUUAUCAGGCAUGAGUUAGUUAAUGUUAAUGAUAAUAAUAUCCCCUAUACGAUUCUGAUUCUCACAACCAUGUUGAAAAGAUUCCUUUAAAUGUUCUCUUUCCGCGAAAAAGAGAUAACCAGCAGUGGGCCCCAAUCCCAUCCCCCUAAGAAGCUUCGUCUUCAAGUAAUCACGGAGCUGAGCUUGCAGACAAAAAGGGAGAGAAAUGAUAGAAACGAAGAGACGAGAGGAGAGUAGACCAGAGAAGCAGCAAGGCCCGUCAUUUUCUUUUGAGCUCCAAUAUAUAUUAUUGAAAUCACAUUUCAGUUUCAUCCGAUUAAAAAAUUAGGGUUUAAGCAGCUAAAGCAGCAAGCCAAUGGCCUGAAUAUGGACAAUCAGCUCCUUUUCACGCCUAAUCGUGAUUGAAAUCCUGAUUAUUCUUUUGGGUUUUACCGAUGGCCGUGGUGAGUCCAGUGCCUCCAAUCACGCAGGUUGGGAGUCCGUUGAGGCUUUCUGAGUUUGGAGGUUCGAGGAAGAUGAACGGCAGAAGUUGUAGUAGCAGCGCCAGCGAGGUUGCGCCCGUGGCUCGGAUGAUUGAAGAGAAGAUAUACGUCGCCGUUGGGAAAUCCGUCAAGGAGAGCAAGUCGCUGCUUGUUUGGGCUUUGCAGAACUCGGGAGGGAAGAAGAUUUGCCUUCUUCACGUUCACACUCCUGCUCCGAUGAUUCCUCUGACUCUGAUGGGUGCCAAAUUUCCGGCAAGUUCGCUGAAAGAGAAGGAAGUCAGGGCCUUCCGUGACAUUGAAAGACAGGAAAUGUACAAGAUCCUAGCUGAAUAUCUUCGUUUAUGUCGAAAAGCAGGGGUCCAGGCUGAAGAGCUGGUUAUUGAGAAGGAAGCCAUCGAGGAUGGCAUCGUUGAACUUAUCACUAGUCAUGGGAUUAAGAAGCUUGUGAUGGGAGCUGCAGCAAACAGGCGAUAUUCCAAGACUAUGAUGGCCCCUAAGUCAAAGAAGGCCACCUCAGUGAAGGAGCGAGCACCAGCUUAUUGUCAUAUAUGGUUUGUUUGCAAGGGCCAUCUUAUCCACCCAAGGCUUGCUACUUUGCAUCAAGAUGAUGACACCAAAUCCCCUCAGCAACAAGGGAGUCCAAGCAUGAGAAUUGGGAAUUACCAGCGAUCCCGUUCUGCUCAAGUGAAGCCUUCCAACCCAGUGCAAGAUCUGUUCCGCAGGAUGUCUUCUCUAAAUCUUGAUGCCGAAUCCAAUGGGGGAAGAGAAACACAGCCUACUAUGCCAGAUGAUACUAGAAAGGUGGGAACACCAGGAGCCAGGUCAGAUGCAAGUUCUGAUGAAUGUGAAUCAAGGAGCACAUCACUGGGUUCAAAUCUGUCAGCAAGUUCUUCUGGUGAAAUGGUCAACCUUGCUGUUGUUCCCAGUUUGAUAACUGUAGGUAGUUUCAUGGCUUCAGAGAUUAGCACGUUGCCAGAGAAUGCAGAUGGUCCUUAUCAUACAUCUCCUCCCACUGUACUGGAAAGAACUUUAGUGGAUCCUCUUUACGAACAGCUUAAACGGACAAUGGAAGAGUCUAUAAGCACCAGGAGGGAAGCACUUGAGGAAGCACUCAGGCGUGCAAAAGCUGAAAAGAAUGCCAUUGAGGCCAUACACAGGGUCAAGGCAUUAGAAAGCCUCUAUGCUGAAGAGUCAAAGCAAAGAAAAGAGAUCGAACAAGCAAUAGCGAAAGAAAAAGAAGAAGUUGAUGUUAUGAGGAAUAACCGGGACAAAGUUAACGAUGAACUUCGCGUUGCCUUGGAUCAUAAAGCAUCACUAGAAACCCAAAUUGCUGAAUCUGAUCAAACAGUUAAGGAAUUUGAGCAAAAAAUCUUUGCUGCCGUUGAGCUGUUGCAAAAAUACAAGGAAGAGCGGGAAGAAUUGCAGGUGGUGCGCGAUAAUGCACUGAGACAAGCUGAAGAGCUGAGGAGAAGUAGAGCAGAGGCCUCAAAAGCAACAAUGGAUGAAUUCUUUUCGGAGUUCAGAUUCACAGAGAUCGAGGAAGCAACUAAUAACUUUGAUCCAUCUCUGAAGAUUGGUGAAGGUGGAUAUGGUAGCAUUUACAGAGGGGUACUGCGACACAGCCAAGUGGCUAUAAAGAUGCUUCACGCUCAUAGCAUGCAAGGUCCCUCGGAGUUUCAACAAGAGGUGGAUAUCUUGAGCAAGAUGAGGCACCCAAAUCUUGUCACCCUGAUUGGUGCCUGUCCUGAAGCCUGGACUCUUGUAUAUGAGUUUCUUCCAAAUGGAAGCCUUGAAGAUAGACUGAGCUGCAGGGACAACUCUCCUCCUUUAUCUUGGCAAACUCGAAUCCGCAUAGUCACCGAGCUAUGCUCUGUUCUCAUAUUUCUUCACUCAAGCAAACCACAUAGCAUUGUUCAUGGUGAUCUGAAACCCGCAAAUAUUCUCUUAGAUGCUAACUUGGUUUGCAAGCUAAGUGACUUUGGGAUCGCCCGGCUACUUCAUCAAGAUGAAGAUUCCAGUGGCAGAGAAAUGAUGCUUCACAGGACUGCUCCGAAGGGUACUUAUGCUUAUAUGGAUCCCGAGUUUCUUGCCUCCGGGGAGCUCACUCCCAAGUCCGAUCUUUAUUCCUUUGGGAUAAUACUCUUAUGUUUGUUGACUGGGAAAUCGCCUUUGGGUUUAACCAAAGAAGUGCAAGAUGCAUUAAACAAAGGCAACUUGAAAUCUCUACUAGAUCCUUUGGCAGGGGACUGGCCCUUUGUGCAAGCCGAACAGUUGGCUCGUUUAGCACUACGCUGCUGCGAGCUAAACCGGGAAAACCGGCCAGAUCUUGCAUCAGAGGUAUGGAGGGUGCUCGAACCUUUGAAGGCAUCAUGUGGAGGGCCAUCAAGUUUCCGGGCUGGAUCAGAAGAACCAUGCCAGCCUCCUUUGUACUUCAUAUGCCCCAUUUUCCUGGAAGUUAUGAGGGAUCCACAUGUAGCAGCCGAUGGAUUUACAUAUGAAGCAGAAGCAUUUAGAGGAUGGCUGGACAGUGGACAUGAGACGUCCCCAAUGACCAAUAUGAAGCUUGAGCAUUCCAAUCUCGUCCCCAACCGGGCACUGCGUUCUGCGAUUCAGGAGUGGCUUCAACAGCAACAAAGCAGCAUCACUUGACUUUCCCCUUUUGAGCAAUGCAUCUGUUAAUAUCACUAUUGUUUACAAUGUAAAAGCAUACCUAAAAGAUAGAAGAACCAAUCGUGUAUGUUCGGCUCCUCCGACUUGUCCUUGGGAGGAGAACUAUCAGUAUCAGUAGGAAAGCAGAGAUACUCACUUUCCAUUUUUGUAUUGUAGAUGGAGAUCGUGGAACUACUGUUUGCUUGUAGAGAAAUCGUACAUUACCGUUGUUUGUACUUAUGCACACAGAUAUGCAUAUACAUUAUAUAAACAUAGCAUCUUUGCUUUCUGUAUUAGAUGCAAGAUGUACGCAUUACGUAUUAGAACUGAUAACAUAAUUUGACUGCUGCCUUUGGAGAUUGCAGGGAAAUGGGAGAUCUCAACGGCUUGAGUUCCAGUCUUUAAGUCUCAUUUUGUAAAGAGAAUCUUAAAACCUUCGUAUUGGUUAGGGUUUAGGGGUGUUCAAACGGUGUGGUUAACAUGGUAACCGUUUUAACCAGUACUAUUUGGAUAAUUUGGUUUGUUUAAUUUGGAUAAUUGGUUUGGUUUGGUUUGGUUAAAGUUUUUACCUUGUUUGGUUUAAGUGGUUUGGUUUGGUUUCGGACACUCCUAACCAGCCAAACCAAAUCAACCAGAUAAAUAAUUAGCUAUAUAUAUAAUAUCUACACAUACUUAAUACGUUGAAUAAUCACUCAAGAAUUAAACGUUCAUUCUUUUAGACUCAUAAAAUAUAAAGUUUGAUAUUGUUCCUAAAAUAUAAAGUUUGAUAUUUUUUUUUUAACAAAAAGAAAUUUUCAAUUUCGAAAAUCUAAUGACGUGUAAGAUAUUUCUCCAUAUUUACAUCGGACUGGAUAAGGAGGAUGAAGACAAAUCAUGGAAUCCUAAGAAAUAGUAAUGAACGAA